UACUUAUCUGAACUCUUCAACCCCGAAGAAGGGCUUUGGUUUUGUGCAAGUGUUGCAGAAUCGCCAUGAAAGAGCAAGGAAAAAGAAAACGCAAGAGAGGGAGGCAACGCCAUCCUCAAAAUCAACAGUCGAAGACAAUUACAAAGCAUGGCAAACAAACCCUUCAACAUCAACCUUCUACUUCCGCUACUUCGAAACCACCCAAGUCCUCAACUUUCCUCGACAAGAUGCGAGCCAGGUUAUCUGGGGGACAUUUUAGGAUGCUUAACGAAAAGCUUUACACUUGCACUGGAAAAGAAGCACUCGACUAUUUCACAGAAAACCCUGCAUUGUUUGAUAUGUAUCAUUCAGGAUAUCAAGAACAAAUGUCUCAUUGGCCUGAGCUUCCUGUUAAUAAAAUUGCAGAAUGGCUGAAUGGUCGCAGCCCUUCUUUAGUUGUUGCUGAUUUUGGCUGUGGGGAUGCACACCUUGCAAAAAUUGUGAAGAAUAAAGUUUUUUCUUUUGAUCUUAUCUCAAAUGAUCCUUCAGUUAUUGCUUGCGAUAUGUCUAAUACAUCCCUUGACUCGUCAUCUGUAGAUGUUGCUGUCUUCUGCCUUUCGCUGAUGGGAACAGACUUUCCCAGUUACCUUCAGGAAGCUCAUAGAGUUCUUAAGCCAAAUGGCAGGCUUUUGAUAGCAGAGGUGAAGAGCAGAUUUGACCCAAAUACUGGAGGAGCAGACCCAAAGGACUUCUCUAGGGCAGUUUGUGAUCUUGGGUUUGCAUCUGAGUUAACGGACUUUUCAAAUAAGAUGUUUAUUUUGUUAUACUUCAAGAAAAAGGAGAAGCACGACUCGGAGAGCAAGGAAAUUGAAUGGCCUGAGUUAAAACCAUGUUUAUACAAACGUCGCUGAAACUAAAGACAACAAUGCUCCUCUAAUCUUGUGUAUCGUCUCCAAUGACGUGGUUUUCUGUACCUCAUACCGUAAAUGCACUGAUAGGCAACUUCUGAAGGAAGUUCAUUAAAUUUUGUAAUGCAUAUCCCCAAAUGAGUCAUUCUUUCUUUCCUUUUCUUUUUUUCUUUUUUUUUUUUUUUUUUGGUUGGGUUCAAACAAAUUUCAAUUUUAUUUACCAUAACUUUGUAAGUUUACCAAAAUUAAAUCUACAGUCCGGAAAUUUUGAAGGUAUUUUUCCUUUUUCAAUUGUAUUUAGUCAGUUAUUUGAGUGAGUUCAGGCUGACUAACUAGAGCAACAUUAUUGCCAAUUGUGCAUUUUCUAAUAUAAAUUCUUUCAUAUAAA